UAUGUGACUGCCAAUGUCGUAGUCACUAAGCUAUUGAAAAAUAUAAAAAAAAAUCUGAAUAAGAAAAAAGAACUUAAAGAUGUUUCGGGUUAUUAAAAAUAUUUCGCCAAUUGUUUCUAGAAACUUAUUACAAAGAUAUCCCCAAAAAGUAAAUGCAGUUCUGAUGGUUAUACAAGACAAACGUUUCUUAUCAGAUUCCGCAAAUGAAAGAUUUGCUCUUAAACACGAGGAGAUUGGACGUCCCCUCUAUUUCGACGCACAAGCAACAACCCCUGUUGACCCCAGGGUACUGGAUGCAAUGCUGCCAUUCUUGGUAAAUUAUCAUGGCAAUCCACAUUCUCGUACACACGCUUAUGGAUGGGAAAGUGAAGCAGGAGUAGAAAAUGCAAGAGAGCAAGUAGCUAAUCUUAUCGGCGCUGAUCCAAAAGAAAUAGUGUUUACUUCUGGAGCAACUGAAUCUAAUAACAUAUCUGUUAAGGGAGUAGCUCACUUCUAUGCUCCAAGAAAAAAACAUAUUGUAACGACACAAAUUGAACAUAAAUGCGUACUGGACUCUUGUCGAGCAUUAGAAGGAGAAGGGUUCAAAAUAACAUAUUUGCCAGUGGGUCCUAAUGGUAUCAUUAAUUUAAGUGAUCUUGAAGAGGCACUGACACCUGAAACAAGCUUAGUUUCAAUAAUGACUGUAAACAAUGAAAUUGGAGUGAUGCAACCCAUUGCCGACAUAGGUGCAAUGUGUAAGAAGAAAAAGAUUUUUUUUCAUACUGAUGCAGCUCAAGCAAUCGGCAAAGUACCUAUAGAUGUAAAUAGUAUGAAUAUUGAUCUCAUGUCAAUAUCUGGCCAUAAAAUAUAUGGGCCUAAAGGUGUUGGAGCCUUGUAUAUAAGGCGUCGGCCAAGAGUACGAGUCGAACCAAUUCAAAGUGGUGGAGGGCAGGAGAGAGGAAUGAGAAGUGGAACAGUCCCUACACCUUUAGUUGUGGGAUUAGGUGCAGCGUGUGAUUUGGCAAAACGUGAAAUGGCCUAUGAUCAUGCUUGGAUGCAGAAGUUGGCAGAUAGAUUUUUAGACAAAAUCUAUUCAAAAUUGACACAUGUGAUAAGAAAUGGAGAUCCUAAGUUUACAUAUCCAGGAUGCCUUAAUUUAUCAUUUGCAUAUGUUGAAGGUGAGUCCUUACUAAUGGCAUUAAAAGAUGUGGCUUUAUCAAGUGGAUCAGCAUGCACUUCAGCAUCUCUGGAACCCUCUUAUGUGUUAAGAGCUAUUGGAACAGAUGAAGAUUUGGCACAUAGUUCUAUAAGAUUUGGACUAGGAAGAUUUACUACAUUAGAAGAGGUAGAUUAUACAGCUGAAAAGACAAUUCGACAUGUAGAACGACUAAGAGAGAUGAGCCCACUUUGGGAGAUGGUUCAAGACGGAGUUGACAUAAAAACAAUUCAAUGGUCCCAGCACUAGAUUCAACAUCAUAUCACAUGAGGCACUCCAUUAUUUAAAAACUAUGCAUGAAAUUCAAAAUUUUUAGGUGAAAGACAAAGAUCUGGCUAAAACUUUUAGGUUCAUUAUAUAACAUAACUGUGUUAAUUAUAUGAUGACAUCAGUAAUAGUAGUUUAUAAAAUGACAUUUAAAUGUGAUAAUAAUGCACUAAGUAUUGGAACACAAACUAUAUUCAU